AUUGAGCUUGAAAUUUCUUAUGUCGUUAUCACGAAAUUUCCUCGUGGCGAUUCGCGACACUGAGAUACGACAUGAUGUAAAUAACGAUCCGAUAUAGAGCUCUAAAAAGAAAAAUCCUUCGAGAAUGUCGUGCACGGGGAGUUUCAUUGGUGUGUGCAGGUUAAAACUCUCAUUACAAGCGGGAGUCUCUCUUUUAUGUAAUGCACGCGCGGUAGGCGGUCUCUCGGGGGCAAAUUCAUUUUUUUUUCCAUCAUCUCGUACACGAUUUUCAAACGUCCAAGAGACGUGCUCGCGUAGCGAGUGUCACGGCAACUCGCAGCGUCGAAUUUUCGCAAGCAUUUUUAAAAUUGGUGCGACUUUGCUUUCAAUUGUAAAUCGUGCGACGUGAGAUAUCCAACAUCGUCGUUCAUUCGUUCGUUGAAUUUAAAUGUAUUCGUUGUGAUAUCGAAAUAGCGGGUCAGUGCGAAAUAUUCGAGGGUUAAAAUCGAACGAAAAUGUCGGCCAAAGAGGGAAUGACAGGAUCGCUGGAGUGGCCUGAUUACAUGGUCAUCGGUAUCGUUCUAUCCAUUUCCGCCCUGAUCGGCGUCUACUAUCGAUUUACUGGCGGACGACAAAAAACUUCGGCGGAAUAUUUCUCCGCAAAUCGUUCGAUGAGCAUCCCCUUGCUCGCGAUCGCUCUCAUGGUGGCAUUUAUUUCGGCGAUUGCGAUGCUGGGGGUCAGCGGCGAGAGUUAUAUCAGUGGCAUUCACUUCGCGUUCACCACCGUAGGACUCAUGUGCGCAACGCCGAUAGUAGCCUUUUUCUAUCUCCCGGUUUUUUACAAACUUCAAUACUUGAGCGUUUACGAGUAUCUCGAGACAAGAUUCGGCAAAGCAGCCCGACUGACAGCGAGCGUCGCGAACUACGUGCACAUAACACUGUACACCGGAGUGGUGUUGUUCGCUCCAGCACUUGCUCUGGAAGCAACAACAGGAUUGUCGAGUACAGCGAGUGUGUUUCUCAUCGGAGUGAUAUGCACAUUUUACUCGAGUAUCGGAGGAAUAAAAGCGGUCCUGGCGACCGACGUUUUCCAGGGAUUUCUCAUGUUCGCAGCCAUCUUUUGCGUCAUCGGGGUUGGAUGCUCCGAUUUUGAGGGGGGCGCCGCCGAAGUUUGGGAAACUGCGAUCAGAGGCGGUCGCGUAACCUUCGAUAUUUUUGACCUCGACCCAACCGUGAGACACACGUGGUUUGGACUGAUAUUGGGAGGAAUGGGAAUAUUCAUAGCCAAUUUCGGCGUCAGUCAAGUUCACGUGCAGCGACUUUCAUCCGCCAAAACGUUGAAGGAAGCGCAAAUAGCAAUAUUCCUGAACACUCCACUGAUAGUGGCGAUCGUAUCAGCGACGUCGUUCGCAGGUCUGGUGCUGUACGCAUGGUUCGAGUCGUGCGAUCCAAAGGCUGCUGGUCAAAUAUCAUCGUUCGAUCAAGUGAUGCCGUACUUCGCGAAGGUCCGAAUGUCCAAAAUUUCGGGACUGACGGGUUUUUUCGUGGCCGGUAUAUUCAGCGCGUCGUUGAGCACAGUUUCGGCGAUGUUGAAUUCGCUAUCUGCGGUGGCGAUCGCCGAUUACAUAGCGCCAAUUUAUCGCCUCUGCGGCAGUGAAUUGGCAGAAUCGAAAGGCCCGUUAUUGGGAAAACUCCUGGCCGUGGUGAACGGUGCUCUGUGCGUAGGAAUAGCGUUAAUGGCCUCGCACUUUGGCAAUUUAAUCCAAAUGGCUUUUGCCAUUAGCGGAGCAACGGCAGGCCCGGUCCUGGGGCUAUUCAGUCUUGGUAUAUUUUUCGAAUAUGCAAACGAAAGAGGCGCCGUUGCUGGCACAAUUCUGACCUUGUGCUUAACCUUCUGGAUGGCGUUCGGUUCCCCCAAACCUCCGGUUCUCAAACUUCCGGUUUCUAUCGAUGGGUGCCCGAACUCAACGCAUGCGGACACAAUCGCUUAUAUGGAGCAAGUCAACGCAACGUACAAAUUGGCGCAUGAGAAAGAAUACUUUUAUCUUUACCGAAUAUCUUACAUGUGGUACACGCCAAUCGGAUUUUUAUGUACGAUAGUACUUGGUUUUGCAUUGAGCGUGUUGAUCCGUAAAUUAUCGAAAAAUACGAUAGUGGAGCCAGAGCCGGAUUUGUUCACGCCGAUAGUAGCAGCGAGGAUGCGAAGAAGACGAGAGGAUUUAGCGAAGACGACGACCAGUCAAGUUUUCGUAUUGAGCACAAAAGAAAUCGUUCCGACUCAAUGAUGGAAUAAAUUUUUUUGUCAUAAAUCAUUCUCCACCGGUGUUCCAAAUAUACAAAACCGAAAAGUAAGCAAUCGAGUGAAUAAAGUAUUGUAAUUCAUCUGAAAGCGAGGCGGCCGCGUGACAUUUUCGACGAAAUAAAAAUGAUGUUUUGUAAAUUGAAA